AUGUCCUCAGAUACGCAAGCCAGACCGCAUCCCAAAUUCUCGGAGCUGCCGCUCGACCCAUCCCAUCCACCACACUCAGCAUGGGGUCUUUGGGGCAUGAAUGAUGAGCUUGGGACUCUGAAUCACCUAACACCCGAGCGUACGACUGAAGCCGCGAAAGAGAUCAAGACUGGGAUAAGGGUCGGGCUGAAUUGGCCUCUUGAACAGAUGGACUACGCAGGUGAAAGUUUUCGGCAGGUACUGAAGCAUGAAAUCUACGAGCUAGGAAAGAACAUGAACGAUGACCGACUAACUUUCAAUACGCAAACGAGCAGUCAGUGGGACGGGCUGCGACAUUGGGGUUUCGAUGACGGGCGGUUUUAUAAUGGUCUCACACAAGAAGAGAUUUUGGGUAACAAAACUUCCAAGCUCGGCGUUCACGCAUGGGCUAAGCAAGGCAUUGUUGGCCGCGGCGUGCUGAUUGACUUUGUUUCCUAUGCUGCUCGUAAAGGUAUCAAGUAUGACCCACUGGACAACUACGCUAUACCACUAGACGUCGCAAAGAAGAUCACAGAGGAAGGCAAUGUUCAGUUCCGAGCAGGCGACAUCAUCCUACUCCGCACCGGCUUCACGGCCGCCUUUGAAACCGCUACCCUCUCCACCAAGCAAGCCAUAAUGAACAAAUCACCCUUUCAAUAUCCGGGUCUAGAAAGCACUUUGGAAGUGCUUGCCUUCCUCUGGGAUACGCAAAUUGCUGCUGUCGCGAGUGACUGUCCCGGCUUCGAAGCAUGGCCACCAUCCCCACAGCCAAUGCAUCAGAUACUACUUUCCGGCUUUGGCAUGCCUAUUGGUGAGAUUUUCGACUUGGAGGAGCUAGCGAAGGAGUGUGAGAGGCAGAAACGAUGGACUUUCUUCUUCACCAGCCAGGUGCUUAAUGUCAAGGGUGGUGUUGCCAGUCCACCAAAUGCUAUUGCUAUAUUUUGAUACAUUGGCUAGGAUGUACGCUCAGACAUGCUUUGGUUCGUAAUUCACAACUUGCUCUUCCCUG